AUUUUGGGGCAAGAAUGUCACAAGUGAACACUUCUGACUUUGUGGUUCUAUUUUCUAUUACAAGCAGCAAGUAAUACUAUCAUUUUGUACAAUUAUGUCAAUAUUGUCCCAGAAAAUGUACUAAAUAUAACCUAGAAAUCGUUCAGAUUUAAUUUUAUUCCAUUUUAAUUAUAAAUUAAGGAAUAUUUAUGUACAGUACUUACAAAAUGUAACCUACGUUUUAUUCUUAUUCUUAGCUAAAAUAAAAUUAUGGAAGGACGAGGUAAAAAAUUAGUGCAGUUGGUUCUAUUAGACAAAGAAAGCCAUGACGAAUGUGAAGUCAGGGAUAUAGAGCCAACUUUAUCGAUAGCACCGAGAUCUCCUUCCAUUUUAAAAUCUCAUGAUGGUGAUUUAAUAAAACAUUCCAUUACGAAUGCUGUUGAAUCUUCAAACAUCCGUGAUGAUAAAACUCAGCCUAUUAGAGUUUCCGACGAUGGAAACUCAUCUGGACAUGCCUUUUCUGGAACCGAAGAAGAGCAAUAUGUACCUAAACCAUCAUCUAGCUCAAAUAUUAGUAUAAAUGCUGUUGAAUCUUCAAGCAUCCAUAAUGAUCAAACUCUGCCCAUAAGAGUUUCCUACAGUGAAAACUCAUCUGAACAAGACUUUUCUGGAACUGAUGAUGAUGAGCAAUAUGUGCCUAAUCCGUCAACUAACUCGCAUAGUAGUAGUAGCUCUAGCAGCAGCUCUAGCAACAGCUCAGAAAGUUCUUCGUCAUCGGAAUCUGACCAUGAAACGCUUACCACUGGAAAUAUCAACCAAGAGUCCGGACCAUCGACCAUUAAACGUAGUAGAAAACGUACUCGCAAUCCAAGCAAAUGGAAAAAAAAUGUUGCCAAAAUGCUGAAAAAUUCUGGUCAGCAAUAUACUUCAUUAAAAACUGGUAUGGUUAAAGCAGCUAAAAUAAUGGGUCCGACUUGUUCAGAUAAAUGCCGGCUGUCUUGCUCAUCAAAAUUUUCGACAGAAAAGAGAACUAAGCUAUUUGAUGCGUAUUGGCAGUUAGGCCAAUUACAAAGGCAGCGUGAUUAUUUGGCAUCUUGUGUGAGACUUUUAGAGUUAUCGUAUCGGAGAAUAAAAGAAUCUCGUAAAAAUAAUCCCAGGAAACCAAACACAACUUUUUAUUUAUACAAUGAUGAAAGAGAAGUUAGAGUAUGCAAGACAUUUUUUAUGAAUACUUUGGGUGCCACUGAACGAAUUUUACGUACAGUUAUAGAAUGCAAGUAUAAAGAUGAAGGCCAUAAUAUUAUGAAAGAAGAUGGAAGAGGAAGACAUGGCAAACAAAUCAGAUUGGACGAAGAAAUAAAGCAAUCUGUGAGAGAUCAUAUUAACUCGAUCCCAAAGAUAGAGAGCCAUUAUUUAAGAGCGAAUACUAGUAGGCUCUUCGUAGAGGGAGAUUUAACUAUAGCAGAAAUGCAUAGACAUUACAAGAAAAAGCGUGAGGACGAAAAUAAACCACAAGCUUGUUACGAUGCUUAUGCUCGAAUUUUCAACACAGAAUUCAAUAUAGGAUUUUUUAUACCAAAAAAAGAUACCUGUGACGACUGUGAAGCCUAUAAAAACGCAUCUAUCGAAGAGAAAGCAAAAUUGGAAAAUUCUUAUAAAUUACACCUCGAAGAAAAAAGUUUAUCUAGGAUAGAAAAAGACGUGGACAUGACGAAGUGUAAAUCGGAGGGCAAUGCUUUUGUAAUAAUAUACGAUUUACAAGCUGUAAUGCCAUGUCCGAUCGGAAAGUCGUCUGCUUUCUUCUACAAAUCUAAACUUAAUUGUUACAAUUUUACGAUGUCAGAUGUCAAAAAUCAAGAAACAACAUGCUUCUUUUGGCACGAAGGAAUAGGUAAUCGAGGUGCCAUAGAAAUUGGAUCGUGCAUAUACAACUUUUUAAGAGAUCUAGCUGAGAAAAGCCCAGGUUGCGAUGUCAUAUUCUAUUCAGAUAACUGCUGCGGACAGCAAAAGAAUAAGUUCAUAUUUUGUAUGUACUACUAUGCUGUUAACAAGUUACAGAUAAAUUCCGUGACCCAUAAAUUUUUAAUAAAGGGCCACACACAGAAUGAGGGAGAUGCGGCUCACUCAGUAAUUGAAAAAUCCGUCACUAGGGCAAAAAAAUCUGGUGCUAUUUACGUACCAGACCAGUACAUUUCUUUAAUCAGAAACGCUAAGAAGACAGGAAAACCUUUUAUAGUAAAAGAAUUAAACUAUACCGAUUUCAUAGAUUUGAAGAAACUAGCAGAUGACUUAAAUAUAAAUACAACAAGAAAUGUUUCUGGAGAAGCUAUUAAAACGACAGAUAUUAAAGUUAUAAGUUUUAUGAAGGGCUGUGAUAUUUAUAAGUAUAAAACUACAUACAAGACUGAUAAUUUGAAUAAGGCAAACAUUUACUGCCAAACCAGGACAUUGCGGCAAAAUACAACACGUCCAAGGAAUUAUAUAAAUAUAGAGGAAAUAUCUUUGAAUCCUGCUUAUACGUCUAAUAUACCGAUAAGUGAUAGAAAAAAACAAGAUCUGUUAGAAUUGGUUCAAAAAAAUAUAGUGCCUCGCUAUUAUGAAUAUUUUUAUAAUCAGCUUUAG